UUGGAUAUGCUCAGGGCGCUGUGUUUCCAAACAAUGGUCACUGGGUUAAACGUGGAUAUACUGAGAGACUGUCAAGGUUUCUGCUCAACUGCCCGGAGCGGAUAGUACGCCCGUGCAGCUGGCACCGCUCACAGGAUGUGGAAUAUGGCACAUGUAAAUAUGGGUUUCCUCGCGCUCCUGUGUCUUCCGACGCUGUUUUUCGACGUCCUCGUGCUGUCCCACAAAAGCAACAUCUAUGAGCGGUCGGCAGUCCCGCGAGCCGCACCUCGCUCCGUGGCCCGGAUGGAUGGAGAUGUGAUAAUCGGUGCCCUCUUCUCCGUCCACCACCAGCCGUCUGCUGAAAAAGUGGCUGAUCGUAAGUGUGGGGAUGUUCGGGAGCAGUACGGCAUCCAGCGGGUAGAGGCCAUGUUCCACACCCUGGACAGGAUCAAUUCCGACCCUUUCCUGCUCCCCAACAUCAGCCUGGGCUGUGAGAUCCGGGACUCCUGCUGGCACUCCUCCGUGGCCCUGGAGCAGAGCAUUGAGUUCAUCCGGGAUUCCCUCAUCUCCAUCCGGGAUGACAAGGACGGCUCCAAGUGGUGCAUAGACGGCACGCCGUCCAACCAACCCCCGCCCUCCAAGAAGCCUAUUGCGGGGGUGAUUGGGCCGGGUUCCAGCUCCGUUGCCAUCCAGGUACAGAACCUCCUACAGCUCUUCAACAUUCCUCAGAUUGCUUACUCAGCGACCAGUAUCGACCUGAGCGACAAGACUCUGUUUAAGUACUUCCUGCGGGUCGUGCCCUCUGACACGCUCCAGGCCCGGGCCAUGCUGGACAUAGUCCAACGCUACAACUGGACCUACGUGUCUGCGGUGCACACGGAGGGAAACUAUGGGGAGAGUGGCAUGGAGGCCUUCAAGGAGCUGGCCACCCAGGAGGGUCUGUGCAUCGCCCACUCUGACAAGAUCUACAGCAACGCUGGGGAGAAGCACUUUGACCGCCUGCUUAAGAAGCUCCGUGAACGUCUGCCCAAGGCUCGCGUGGUGGUGUGUUUCUGUGAGGGAAUGACUGUACGCGGCCUCCUAAUGGCCAUGAGACGUCUGGGUGUGGCUGGAGGAGAGUUCCUCCUCAUUGGCAGUGAUGGAUGGGCAGAUCGUGAUGAGGUGGUAGAGGGGUAUGAACAGGAAGCUGAAGGUGGUAUCACGAUGAAGCUGCAGUCAGAGGAAGUGAAGUCAUUUGAUGACUACUUCCUGAAGCUGCGUUUGGACACCAACUCACGGAACCCGUGGUUCCCAGAGUUCUGGCAGUACCGCUUCCAGUGCCGGCUGGCCGGACAUGCACAGGAAAUGAAGAAAUACAAGAAAGUCUGCUCCGGUGAUCUAGAUCUCCAAGGUGGCAACGAGAGUCUUCAUGAGAACUACGUCCAGGACAGUAAGAUGGGCUUCGUCAUUAAUGCCAUCUAUGCCAUGGCCCACGGUCUCCAUGACAUGCACAGUGAGCUGUGCCCUGGCCAGCCAGGCCUGUGUGAGGCCAUGGACCCCAUCGAUGGCAGUAAACUGCUGGAUUACCUGCUCAAGACCACCUUCAGAGGGGUAUCAGGGGAGGAUGUGUACUUCGAUGAGAACGGGGACACUCCUGGCAGGUAUGAUAUCAUGAACCUGCAAAGUGUGGGAGACGGUAGCUAUGACUACCAGCAGGUGGGCUCGUGGCACGAGGGCAUUCUGAACAUCGAUGACUGGAAGCUGUGGAUGAACAACAGUGACAUGGUCCGCUCCGUCUGCAGCGAGCCCUGCUCCAGGGGACAGAUCAAGGUGAUCAGGAAGGGCGAGGUGAGCUGCUGCUGGAUCUGCACUACCUGUAAGGACAAUGAGAUUGUCCGGGAUGAGUUCACCUGUCAAGCCUGUGACCUGGGCUGGUGGCCCGAUGACGAGCUGGAAGGUUGUGUGCCCCUGCCUCUGAACUACCUGGCCUGGUCAGACGUUGAAUCCAUCGUGGCAGUGUGUUUGUCCUGCGUGGGCAUCCUGGUCACCCUCUGGGUCAUCUUAAUCUUUGUGGUGUACCGCGACACGCCUGUGGUCAAGUCGUCCAGUCGUGAGCUGUGCUACAUCAUCCUGGUGGGCGUCUUACUGGGCUACAUCUGCCCAUUCACCCUGAUCGCCUAUCCCACUGUGGCAUCCUGCUACCUGCAGCGCCUCCUAGUCGGCCUCUCAGCCGCAAUGUGCUACUCCGCCCUGGUCACCAAAACCAACCGCAUCGCCCGCAUCCUGGCCGGCAGCAAGAAGAAGAUCUGCACCAAGAAGCCCCGCUUCAUGUCGGCCUGGGCCCAGGUAUUCAUCUCCUUCUUCCUCAUCAGCCUGCAACUCAUCCUGGAGAUAACCCUGAUCAUCCUGGAGCCUCCCAUGCCCGUCAAGUACUACCCCAGCAUCCGCGAGGUCUACCUCAUCUGCAACACCAGCACGGUGGGCAUGGUGGCCCCGCUGGGCUACAACGGCCUGCUCAUCAUGAGCUGCACCUACUACGCCUUCAAGACACGCAACGUCCCGGCCAACUUCAACGAGGCCAAGUACAUCGCCUUCACCAUGUACACCACCUGUAUCAUCUGGCUGGCCUUCGUUCCCAUCUACUUCGGCUCCAACUACAAGAUCAUCACCACGUCCUUCUCCGUGAGCCUGAGCGUCACCGUGGCGCUGGGGUGCAUGUUCUCGCCCAAGAUGUAUAUCAUCAUCGCCAAGCCAGAGAGGAACGUGAGGAGCGCCUUCACCACGUCCGAUGUAGUCAGGAUGCAUGUGGGAGACGGCCAGGCGGCUCAGCAAAGCAAGAGCAUUCUCAACAUGUUCCGUAGGAAGAAGAACAAAAACGGAAGCACCAAUUCUAAUGGCAAGUCUGUGUCAUGGUCUGAACCAGGUGCAAGACACCCUCAGAGGGGGGGGAAUGUGUGGCACAGACUGUCUGUGCAUGUGAGGAAACAGGAAGCCGGCUCGAAUCAGACGGCGGUCAUCAGGCCCCUAACUAACGUCACCGUCGACCCCCACAGCUGCGACCCCCACCACCAUGGCCCUGGCACAGACCCCCACCUCCCCCACCCCGGCACCAAGGCUCUGUACAACCUGGCGGAGGAGGAGGACGAGGGGGGGGAAGCACGCCCUCGCUGGACUCCCUCCCACUCCCACUCUGGAAUGCUCCACGGGCAGGACUCGGAGGAGCCACCCUCUUAUUCUCACUUAACGGACUGUACCACUGAGCAUUUGCAGGGGGCGAUGGUGGACACGCACAGCUCCAAUGUCCCUGGAUUUAAUGACACAAUGGGUGCCCCCGGCAUUCAGGCCAGCUCCACCAACCAACCCCAAAGCUUCACCUUCUCCCAGCGUUCCCAUCCCCUGCAAGGGGGUGCUUCUUUUGGAGAGGAGGACCUCAUCUCCUCCCUGGAGGGGGCUGAGGGGGAGGCACUGGACCUCCUACACAGCUACACAGAGGAGGAGGAAGAGGACGAUGAGAAGGAGGAGCUGGCUCAGAGUAAGCUGACUCUGGAAGACUCCUUGGCUUUGACUCCACCCUCCCCCUUCAGGGACUCAGUGUGUUCUGCCGGGUCGGUUCCCGGCUCCCCUGUCUCUGAGUCGGUCUUCUGCAGCCCCCCGAGCUCCGCUUAUUCCUCCGUCAUCCUCCAGGACUUCAGACAGAGCUCCUCGACACUGUGAGAGCUACC